UGCCAUAACAAGUCUGGUAACGAUGACGUGGAUAAUAGGAAAUGCCUACUUUUAUAUAACCACAGGCCAACUGAAGCAUCGAGCGAAAAUUACUCGCAUAGAUAUGUGUCCCGAUAACUUCACGUCUCCUGAAGUACUUUCAAGACUUGAAACGUAUCAAGGACCUGGAUGCCCUGUAGUCGCAGAAGGAGUUCCGCUGAUCUACCAAGUCUCCCAUAUGUACUACAAUCUCAUCGGAACAGUGGUGGGUGUAUUUGUCGGCCUUGUGGUAUCCCUGCUCACCCAAACUCCCGAGUCACCCUCCACCCAGGACACCCAGACACCCAAGUUCACCCAUGACAGGCGACUGUUCUCACCUCUGGUACACAGGUGGCUUCCUCCUUCAACAGUCACGGUAGCUGAGGAGUUCACACUCAUCAACUACCCUGAAGUCAACACAAAAGUAGUUGACGAUGAAAUACCUCCGAAAUGCGAUAUAGAUAAGCCAGAGUGAGAUGUGUGGAAA